AGGCAGAUUGUGAACUGAUUCGAACGGAUGAGGGAAGCUCUAAUUUGAACGGAUGGGGGAUGCUCUGAUUUGAACGGAUGGGGGAUGCAAAGUUCAUGUUGUCAUGGAUCACAGCCAUUACAUCGGUGGUGGUCCAAAUGGUGGGAAUGCAGAUAUGUUUCAGAAUUGUAAGGAAGGGCAGCACAGGUGACAUGUCCAACAUUCCCUUCCUCUCCUACUUCAUCUGUGCAUGUAUCUGGCUACGGUAUGGCCUCCUCACCCACAUCCCGGCCGUGGUCCUGGUCAACCUUACUGCCGCCCUCCUACAGUUCUCCUACAUGACAGUCUUCUAUCUCUACUGUCUACAGAGAACACAUCUCUAUCGCCAGUACAUGAUUGGCUGCUCUACGCUGUUUGGAAUAUUAGCAUAUAUCAAGUAUUUUGUGCCGGAUGAAGCCACGGCAAAGGAUCACUUGGGUUUACUAGGCUGCCUAUUUACUGUCAUUGGCUACGGUGCACCCCUAGCCACCCUGGCUGAUGUUUUGCAAACAAAGAGCACAGAGUCUAUGUCUUUCCUGAUGUGCUUUGCCAAUCUGGUUGUUGCCUUUGAAUGGGGGUGGUAUGGAUAUCUACUUAAAGACGCUUACAUUGGAGUACCAAACAUCUUUGGUAUUAUACUGGGAGCGUUACAAAUGUACCUGUUUAUCAAAUUCCCAUCAUCCAAAACUCGGUCUACUUCUAAGGCGCUUUUGGCAUGAUGGACAGUUAUAUCUCCACGUUGCCUUAACUGUAAAUUUAUUCUCCCGAAAAUUUUAUUUUUUAAGACGGAGUAAAAAUAUUUUCAUUAGUGCGAUGAUGUUCAAGACAUUAAUGGAUGUCUUCAGAAACACGGGCCAUUGCAUGUACGUGCAGAUGACAAAAAUGUCAUUCUCACCUAUAUGGUUAAUACGAUUUAGUUAUAUUCAGGGACCACUUUCAGAAAACUUCAUUAGUGAUAUUUCUCCUACCUUUUUUCCUGUUUAGGUUAUAUUGCCAUAAGGCGACAUCAUUCUCGCGAACAGGGACGAAAAAUUGAUGUAUGUGAAGUUGUGUGAAAGAAGCACCAGAUUACUGAGAGUACAGAUGUUAUGAAAAUGUUGUUCAUUGAUUUUAUCUCGACAUUCCUAUGAUACUAGAUACAAAGGACACAUCUUGGAUAAUCAAACAAUAAUUAUAUCAAGUGCUGUUCUCAUUUGUCAUUCUGUAUUAAUACGUGCAUUAUGUUCACAUAGCUCUUCCAUAACUCCAUCAACACUCAUUUGAUUCAUCCUAAACCAUUUUCUCACCUUCCAUAUCGUUGCUGCAAUAAUGUCAUGUGUUGUUCUGUCACGCAGUAAUUAUACUGAUGUGUGUUGUUCUGUCACGCAGUAAUCAUACUGAUAUUGGGAUUAUCGCUGCGUGAGAUUGUGUUUGUGUGCUGUUCCAUCACUAAGUAAUCAUACUGAUGUGUGUUGUUCCGUCACGCAGUAAUCAUACUGAUGUGUGUUGUUCCGUCACGCAGUAAUCAUACUGAUAUUGGGAUUAUGACUGCGUGAGAUUGUGUUCGUGUGUUGUUCUGUCACGCAGUAAUCAUACUGAUAUUGGGAUUAUGACUGCGUGAGAUUGUGUUUGUGUGUUGUUCUGUCACGCAGUAAUCAUACUGAUAUUGGGAUUAUGACUGUGUGAGAUUGUGUUUGUGUGUUGUUCUGUCACGCAGUAAUCAUACUGAUAUUGGGAUUAUGACUGCGUGAGAUUGUGUUUGUGUGUUGUUCUGUCACGCAGUAAUCAUACUGAUAUUGGGAUUAUGACUGUGUGAGAUUGUGUUUGUGUGUUGUUCUGUCACGUAGUAAUCAUACUGAUAUUGGGAUUAUGACUG